GCGGGGAGAGAUGGCCGCUGGAGUCUGAUCUGCUGCUGGUUCUGAUCUGGGUCUGAUCUGGGUCUGAUCCGGGUCUGACCUGCCGAACCUGCAGGAACCGAACCUGGUACCGGGAGCGCAGAAUCCUGCUCCCCGUCCCCGGACCGGAACCUCCAGUUCAGGUCUGGGAGCAGAGAUCACAUGACCAGCAGAGGAAGAGGAGCAGCACGAUGAAGAGUGUGAGGUUCCAGCGGUUCUGUGGAUGAAGAGGAGGAACCAGGACCAGGACCAGAACCAGCAGCAGGAUGAGCGGCGCCAGGAAGCCGUACCGCAAGGCUCCGCCGCAGCACCGCGAGACCCGCCACGGCCCGGCGCCGCCGCCGCCGCCAUCGCAGCCCGACCUCAGCCAGGAGACACUGUCCGACUCCGACAGGAUCAGAAUCCUCCAGGGGCAGAACGAGGACCUGCGGCACCGCCUCUCUCUCUCCACCCACAAGAUGGAGGCCGUGGAGGCGGAGUUUGACAGCAGCCGCCACUACAUGGAGGCGGAGCUUAGCCGGACCCGCGACGACCUGGACAAGAUGAGGGACAAGUUCCGCAGACUCCAGAACAGCUACACGGCGUCUCAGAGAGCCAAUCAGGACCUGGAGGAGAAGCUGCAUGCCCUGGCUGCUGUCAGUCAGACCUGGGUCCAUGCAUUGCGGAAGGUGGAGCGGGACAAGAAGACGAUGGACGUGGAGAUGGUGGAGCUGACGAACAAACUGCUGGAGGCGCGGAACAGUAUCGACCGCCUGGAGGAGCUCAACGAGCGGUACCGGCAGGACUGCAACCUGGCCGUUCAGCUGCUGAAAUGCAACAAGUCUCAUUUCAGGAACCACAAGUUUGCUGAUCUGCCGGCGGAGCUGCAGGAGAUGCUGAACAAGCACAUGAAGGCGGGGCUGCCGGAGCAGGGCCCCGGCCCCCGAGGCCCCGCCCCCUGGGGCCCCGGGGGCCCCCCCCUGCAGGACCCCGACACCCUGAGCCUGACGCCGGCCGACGUGGUUCCCACCUCCGUCAUCGCCCGCGUGCUGGAGAAGCCGGAGCCGCUGCUGCUGAACUCGGCCCAGUCCAGCAGCAGCUGCCGGCCCGUGGCCGAGGACGUGUUCGUGCACGUGGACAUGACGGGGGGCCCGGGGGGGGCCGGGGGCCCUGGAACCGGGGGCCCGGCCCAGCAGAACGGGUCCUGCCGCAGCCAGAGCAGCCUGGACGAGGAGCCGGCGGCGGCGGCAGCCGCGUCCUUCGAGAAGCUGAACCCGUACCCGGCCCCAGCCCCCCCGGCGCCCCCACACCCGCUCUACCCGGGCCGGAAGGUCAUCGAGUUCUCGUCGGACGACAAGGUGAAGAUCCCCAAGAACUCUCCGCUGCCCAACUGCACCUACGCCACGCGGCAGGCCAUCUCCCUCAGCCUGGUGACGGAGGAGGAGCGCCACGCCCACAGCCCUGGCCACGCCCACAGCCCCGCCCCCUCCUCUGGCUCCGGCGGGAGGGGCGGGGCCGGCCAGCGGGAGCCGCUGUCCAGCCAGUCCAGCCCCUUCAGCAGCCCGCCGCAGGCUCCUAGCGUAGCGGCGUCCUCCGACAGCUCCGAGGACGACCUCCUGGCCAACUGGCAGCGGAUGUUCGUGGAGAAGAUGGCACCGGCGGGCGACGCCGCCCUGCUGCACCGCACCGCCUUCGGGGGCCAAAUGGCCCCGCCCCCGGACCCGCGGGGGGGGCGUGGCCAGGGGGGCGGGGCCGCCGCCUACUCGGACGGCGAGGAGGGCUCGUCGGCGCGCAGCUGGACGCCGAGCCGCGGCUCCAGCCUGGACACUGAUACCGACACGGAGCCGCGCUGCGGCGCCGCCGCCGCCGGUCGCUACGGCAACCGGGGGGGGGAGGGGCCGCCGGCGGGCCCGGAGGACGACGGCGGCGGCAGCGGCGACACGGCCAUCGCCGCGGCGACCGAGGAGGGAGACAGCUCGGCGGAGGAAGAGCAGGACGUCCUGCCCGACGACGACGCAUCGCCCCGCCUCCUGGACUUUGACCCCGCCCCCUCCCCCACAUCGCCCCGCCUCCUGGACUUUGACUCCGCCCCCGCUUUGCCCCGCCCCCUGGACUUUGACCCCGCCCCCGCGGCGCCGCAGCGGCGCCACAAAAGCCCCAAGAGGAUGGGGGUUCACCACCUGCACCGCAAGGACAGCCUGACCCGCGCCCAGGAGCAAGGCACGCUGCUGGACUGACCCCAGCCCAGGAGCAAGGCACGCUGCUGGACUGACCCCAGCCCAGGAGCAAGGCACGCUGCUGGACUGACCCGCGCCCAGGAGCAAGGCACGCUGCUGGACUGACCCCAGCCCAGGAGCAAGGCACGCUGCUGGACUGACCCCAGCCCAGGAGCAAGGCACGCUGCUGGACUGACCCGCGCCCAGGAGCAAGGCACGCUGCUGGACUGACGGUCGCCCAGGAGCAAGGCACGCUGCUGGACUGACCCGCGCCCAGGAGCAAGGCACGCUGCUGGACUGACGGUCGCCCAGGAGCAAGGCACGCUGCUGGACUGACCCGCGCCCAGGAGCAAGGCACGCUGCUGGACUGACCCGCGCCCAGGAGCAAGGCACGCUGCUGGACUGACGUCGCCACGGCAACAAGCCCUCCAGGAUAUAGCCAUACUGGGAUGUGUGUGUGUGUGUGUGUGUGUGUGUGUGUGUGUGUGUGUGUGUGUGUGUGUGCGUGUGCGUGUGCGUGUGCGUGUGCGUGUGCGUGUGCGUGUGCGUGUGCGUGUGCGUGUGCGCGUGCGCGUGCGCGUGUGCGUGUGUGUGUGUGUGUAUGUGUGUGUGUGUACUAAGGAUGCCCCGAUACCAUUUUUUUCACACCGAGUACUAGGGCUGGGCGAUUUUGGACAAAAAUAAAAUCCCAAUUUAUUUUCUCUGAAAACCCGAUUUUCGAUUUCGAUUUUUUUGGUAAAACUAGAAAGGACAAUUGAAUAAAUUGUUUCAAAUAUUUUAUCUUUAUUUGUAAAGAAAAAUAGCAAACAAAUUUCACUAUUGGAAAUUAAGUGCAAUUGAAAGAUCCUGUAAAUCCUCCUUGAGUUUAGUAAAGUGACAAUAUUUACAAUUUUCUGGACCAAACAAAGAUGACUAGACAAGCUCUGUCUGUAAUGCAGCUGCAAAGAAGGAAAAUCUUAAUCUUAAUCUUUAAUAAAUCCGAUUUAGAUUUAAAAUUGAUUAAUUGCACAGCCCUACCGAGUACGAGUAUUUUAAUGUGUGUACUCGCCGAUACCGAGUACCGAUCCGAUACUUCUACCACAAAAAUAACUAGGAUAAAAAUACAAUGAAUCGGAAAGCAGGUUUUAUUUGCAACAGAAAUUCAAUUUUAAGUCAAAUUCAGCCGGCCGGGCUUUCUUUCCUCUGCGGCCCAGUCUCGCUGGGAGCGCUAGCCCCCCCGGCUAGCGCUAGCCCCCCCAGCUAGCGCCGACAGCAGCGCCAUUUCAGGCAAGAUAGCGACAAUUAAUGCUAGCGGGACGUCAGCAGUUGGACAUAUACCGUAUUGGCCCGAAUAUAAGACGGGGUUUUUUGCAUUGAAAUAAGACUGAAAAAGUGGGCGUCGUCUUACAUUCGGGGUCUAGACGUUAUACCCAUUCUCAACGCUAGAUGGCGCCAGAUAUCUUUAAAGCGAAAGCUGAACUAAACUCCCCAAGACAAAGCAAACCCCUGUCACCAAGAAGAAAAAUAAAAAUAGCAGUAGCAUGAAGAAGAAAAAUAAAAAAUAGCAGUAAGAAAGAAGAGAAGAAAAUAAAAGAAGAGAUAACAGAAAAUGGAGAAACGUAGCGACAAUCUGGAGAAAAGAGGGUGGAAGAAGUUAUGAUGCAAACUUCAAGAUCAUGAUUUGAAUGAGACAAAAUAACAGGCUUUUUCUCUCAAAUAUAUUUUUAUAAUAAUUUGUUUCAGAUUAUUUUCUGUAUUAAAAUUUUAUUUGGUGUUAAAGUCUUUUCAAACUUGAGUCUUGAAAAAGAGGGUCGUCUUAUAAUCAGGGUCGUCUUAUAUUCGGGUCAAUACGGUAGAUGUUUUAUCCAGUUGUUGGUUUAAAACCACGUAUUCUCCUCUUGACGCAUUAGCAUUAGCACGUAGCUUAGCAGCACGUAGCUUCAGUCUGUCUUGCUUCUGUCGUCCCUUAUUCUGAAAUAUGUCCAACUGCUGACGUCCCGCUGCAUUAAUGGUUGCUAACAACAUCUCCCCCUUGAGGCGUUAACCAGUAACUACAACAACAAUGAAGUAUCAGUGCUGGUAUUGGAGAAUCUUAGAGAGUACGAGUUUAUGAGAGCAGUAUCGGCCCCGAUACCAGUAUCAUUAUCGGCAGGCCAGCUGACAGUCGUGCCGGGGCCCCGGACUAAAUAAUCUAAGAUGGGCCCCCCUGCGCCCGGAUCUCUCCCUCUCCUCUUCCUCUCCUCUCCCUCUGCUCUUCAGGUUUUUAUACAAGCUAAUGGACGUUAGCAUUAGAGCUAGACAGUUAGGUUAAGUUACAAGGUUGGUAAAUGUUGUAACUGUUUCUUACCUUGCUCUACGCUGACUUUAUUAAUUCCAGCUUCACCGUCACCACCUUUUUAAAAUAUUUGUGUAGAGAAUCUCUGAGGCCUCUAUUUUCUUCUUCUCUUUUCUCUUCUUUUCUGAGCACCGGACUUGUGCUGACCGGACAUUUUGACCAUUCUAAUGGUUGAAUUAAAUGAUAACGUAAAAUUUUGAUCAGCGGCCAAACCAUUUUAGUGUUGGGGGUUCUUGAUCACAAGGACAAUUAGGAAGAAAACAACAAGCUUUUAUGGAACUCAAACACUACAUAUUUUUUCCACAAAUAGGCAUAUUUUGAAACAUUUUGAAAAAUAAUUCCAUAAUUUAAUGAGAAAAAUAAAUAAAUAAAUAAAAAAUAUUAUUUAUUUUUUUCAGUUCUGGCUCCCCCCCCUACCCUGGAACAACAGACUCGUUUGUCCCCCCCUAUCGGCGGGCGUGGUUAUCGGUAUCGGCCCUGAUACCAAUACUGGUAUCAGGGCCUCCCUAGUGUGUGUGAGUGUGCAUGUAAAUGAGUGAGUGUUUGUUUGUGUGAGAGUGUGUGUGUGUUCGUGCAUUGCUGUGUGUGUGUGUGUGUACAUGUGCGUUGGUGUGUUAGUGUGUGUGUGUGUGUGUGUGUGUUAGUGUGUAUGUAUGUGUGUGUGUGUGUGUGACUCUAGUGCCUCUCACUUCCUGUCUCCGAGGUUGCGAGCACGACGCCUGCUGAAGACUUUUAUUUUGACGUCUGGACUAAUCACUGAUUUCCUGUCACGUGACCCUGGCCCCGCCCCCUCCUGCUGCGGGGGCGGGGCCUCACAGCUGGAAUGUAACAUCACCGUUUGUUUGUUUCUCCUUCCUGUCUGGGGGUGGGCGUGGCCUCGCCAGGGGGCGUGGCCUCGUCGCCCGAUGAUGUCGUGUUUGUUUUUAUUAGUUUUAUUGAUUGAUUUAUUGUUUUAGUUCUCGUGUGUGGAAGCGGCCGGCGCCGCUAACGGCCCGGCGGCGCCGCUAACCCCCGUACCGGUGCUGGGCGUCGCCCCGCCGCCUCACAGCUCUGAUUGUCGUCACCGGGACCUCUGAUUGAUCGCUGAUCGACGGCUGAUUGACUGAAGCCCCGCCCACUCACUCACCACCUGCUUCUCUGACCAAUCAGGCGUCAGGAGCCCCAGCGUGGAGUAUUGAUCAAGAGUAUUGAUCCCCGACGAGUAUUAAUCUCACUGAACUCUGCUUACUGAAAGUCUUUAUUAUUGAUCACUGAAUUUUUAGAUUAAAGCGUAUUGAUUGUUUCUUUGAUCACAAA